AUGACCAAUUCGUCUGUUGCAUUAGGGCGCCCAGUCGGAACCUUUAAUGUUGACAGCGGCGGAUUGGCAUCGUAUAGCCUCAAGAUCGACGUUCCGCCCGGCAUAGGGUACGGUAAUCACCCAGACCUCUCUUUUGAGUACUCCCAAGGCGCCCCAAAUGGGAUACUCGGAGUUGGUUGGGGAUUAGCUGGUGGCAUGUCCGCAAUCCGCCUCGGGCCCGCUGUACUCGCCUGGGAUAAUGUGAACAAUGGUCCAUCCGACUUCAAUCAGACUCCCAAGCUCAACCUGGAUGGAACCUUGCUUCUCAACAUCUCGGGAGAGUACGGUUCCUCUGAUGCUCAGUACAAGACUGAGAUUGAUAAUCUUGUCCGUGUUGUAUCUGUUAAAGGACAAGGAUUCCUGGUCACCGACUCUACUGGCCGGCAGCUAGAGUAUGGAACAACUUCCGAUAGUCAAAGUCUGGCCAGUGACAGCAAUGGUGCCGUCUGGGAAUGGCGCCUGAAACGCCAGAUCGACCCGUUCGGCAAUUGCAUGACCUUUACAUAUGAGUCACCUUCACAGAACACAGAGUACGCUGGGAGCAAUGCACCGUACCUCAUGACUAUCGAGUACACCUCGAACAUCAACACUGGACUUGCAGCCCAACGACUUGUCAUUCUAGAGUAUCAACAACGCACUGACUCUAUUGUUCAGAGUGUCUACGGUGAACGGAUUGUGACAACAAACAUACUCAGCGGAGUUCACGUCUCUCUAUCAAACAAUCCAACAACAACUCGUCUUCGGUCUUAUCAACUCAAGUACACUGCCUCUCCAUCCAGUGGAGAAUCACAUUUGAUGAGCAUUACAGAAUGUGGAUACAUGGGCGGACAGAUGUCCGAGCUAGAUCCUACAACCUUCACAUACGGUGGCUUUGAUCCUCAGAAGAAACUGUUCCAGCAGAAUGCAGGAAGCGCAGCCAACCUUGAAGGGGCAACCAAUACGGUCCUCCUGAUGAACCUCGACAUCAGCGGGAGAGCCAUGGCUGACAUUGCUUGCUUUUGUCAUGAUCCAUCAACCUCCCAAGUGUCAGUCAAGACCUUUCUAGCAACGCAGCAAGAUACGACAAUAGGCCACGGCCCGGAAGUCUCAUGGUCUGCAUCGAAUGGUAAAGGGGCUACUGCAAGGUUGCCGCCGAUGAACAGCAACAACCCAAACCUUUUAAGCAAUAUCCUUGGUGCUGAUCUUAACGGCAACGGUCGUAUCGACCUUGUAAUUCCCUAUCAAGGUGAAAACAAUAUGACCGACAUUUCUGUUUCUGAGUCUCUCGCUACAGGAUUUCGAGACUACACGACCAUACCAACCAGUUUGCCUUGGGCAACUGAGUCCGCCUUCCAAGCUGUGGACUUCUCCAGACAAGGAAAUCAUGCAGUGGUACAGACAUUCUCCAAGAACGACAAUUUGUCCUUGCGUAUUUAUCCAUCCAUGGUGAAAGACAGCCACCUAUCACUCCAGACUGGAGAUGAAUUGGACACUGAGAACAAAUACAAUGGCACGAUUAGUUGGCUAUCGAUCCUAACACAAAAGACGGGAGCCAAGAGUCUUGUUAGAAUCUGGGAGAAAGACGCAGGAGAUGGGCUGUCUCAGCUAUGUGCUACUCCUUACGCACUGAAAGAUGCUCAAGAUCCAGCCCGUGGUUUCGUCGAGAUGGGAACCUCGGCACUUGGCACAGUGGCGGAACACAGUAAAGGAACCCUUUCAGUGGUGUCUUGUGAUAUUAAUGCCGAUGGAGUAUAUGACGUUGUCUUCUGCAAAGUUGAAACGCCAGGUGCUGAUAUCACUUUCAAGUUCACAACAUUUCUUGGGGAUGGUAUGGGAGGAUUUCAGCAGGUUGGCGAUACCGUCAAACAAUCGUAUUCCUAUUCUCCAGCACUGGCAGCUGGGACAUGGUCUACAAGCAACCUGAGUGGAUCACAGGUGGCGGAGUUGGUUUACACGUAUCAAGAGGCCGACUCGAGGGAUAUUGUCUGCUUUAUUGCUCAAGGUUCUUCAAGCGGACUGGUUCAAGUUGGUAACAUGGAGUUCAAGCGCAUUGCUACGAGCCUACCCUCUGGGCAGGUACAAUACUCCCCAACUGACCUCAAUGGCACUGGUAUUUCGGAUUACUUCAUUUACACGAUGAACAGCGGGCUUCCAACAGUUGUACCUUCUUACAACUUGAACGAUCUCACUCAUGCUAUGGCUACCAUCACAUCUCCCAUAGGCUUACAGACAGCCAUAACUUACUCUCCGCUUUCAGACCCUGGAGUUUACAAAUCGGCUGCUGCAUGGGACGUUGUUACCAGUGUCAGCACCAGCACAUACGACAUCAUAGCAGCUCCGACGUUGGCUGUAUCUGUGGUCACAAAUAAGAACAACGGAUCAGUUAAUUCUAUCCCAUUCCAGAGCUCUCAGACAAAACUCUACAAAGGGGCAAGGGUGAGCCGCCUCGGACGUGGCUGGCAAGGCUUUUCCAAUAUUAUCACAACCAAUAGCUUCCAACAGAGUGAUUCAUUCGUUGUCAACGAGGCUUUUGAACAGGACUUUCCUCUUACUGGAUUAAGAACUCAGAUAGAGACCAGUUCUGUAGGCGGCCCAGUUCUCAAAUCAGAGACAUUGUCAUAUUCCCAAACUCCACAGGCCAUGAACACUUGGAAUAUCUUUAGGACAAACCGUACCUCAGAGCAAACUGAUACAUUUGAUGGAACCCAGAUUGCAAGGAGUAUUGGGACUCAGUACACCAACGAUGAAGAAGGGAACGUUCUUGAACGACGCGAUUUCGAAGUGCAGAAUGGCCAGGUGGUAAAUGAGUCAUGGAUGCGUUACGCCUACACUACUAUCAAUGGAAUGAGUGGACUGCAGACUUGCAAGAAGUUCACAAGCAGUGAAAAUAACACGGAUCUUACCAAGUAUGAGGCUGGCGAUUUAAGCUUCACGCUAUACACAUACGAUUCGCAGUCAGGGUUUUUGUCACAGACUUCAGAGUGGUCAACAGAUACAAGCUCCUUCUGCACUACAAGUUACGGCUGUGAUCAGUAUGGUAAUCAAACAUCAUCUGUUGCGGCCUCUGGGCUGAAUACCACGACCACCUAUGAUUCGACAUAUCAGAAAUUCCCCAUACAAGUAACUGAGGAAGGAGAGGGGGUUUCCCAUGUUACUUAUACUGCGUAUGAUGAACUCACAGGUCUGAGAGUUGCAUCUCGAGACGCAAAGGGGCUCAUCUCGUGCUUUUCUUACGAUGCUUUUGGCAGAUGUGUCGCGUCCAAGGUUCGGAACGUAGAUGGUAAAAGGUCGCCACAAUCAGCAAAUGAUUUUCUGGGACCCAGCACUCUGCUGAUAGAUAUGAAUCUGCAACAGGAGCUCAAGACCUGUAUGCUUGAUCCGUACAGCAGCCUUGACUUCCACCAAAUCGCAUCCAGCUCGGGCUCGAAUUAUCUUUGCGUUUCAUCAACCAUGGAGUAUAAUGGAUCCUCAACUGGCCAAACCCUGGUCCUAGAAGCUCUCGACUGCGUGGGACAGGUUUCUCGGCAAAGUACUCAACAGGGCCAGAUGACUCCUUCAUGGAAAUAUUGGACUUACAAUCACGAAGGGAACCCCAUCGUGGAAAGCUUCCCGCUGUUUCUCCCAUCAACUGUACAAAUAUCUGCGGAACUGGAUUAUGUCCCGGAUCCUAGCACUUGUGUUCAAACUACUUUCGACGCUUUGGCACGUCCCAUUCAAACAACUCGACCUAGUCAUAGUGGGACAGAAGCUUCUAUUGUAAUCGACUUUAACUACCAAGUUGGAGGAGCUACUAUUUCGGAGCAGAAAUGUCAAAUCUCUGUUCAGGACGGCGCAUCCACUCAGACUUCUCUUGCCAGCUCUACCACAGCAUUGCAAAGAAUUGCUGGAGAAGAUCGUAUCAUGUCUAAGACUAACGAAAUCAAUCUCACCACGACGUACACAUUCGACAACGCUGGAAAUCUUCUCAAAUGCCAAGAUCCUGCUGGAAACAUUGAAACGAGAACCUACAACACUCGCGGCCAGAUUCUUACAAUGGACAACCCUUCACAAAACAUGCAAUCUGAUCCCACGAUCCUCGCAAUCACUAGAUCGUAUGAUAUUUCAGGGAACGUCUUGACCGAAACCAAUGCUCUUGGCCAGACGAAAUCUUUUCAGGUCGAUGCCAAAGGUCGUACUUUGAAGAGAGUUGGUUCUGAUGGACGUAGUAUUGUCUACUCCUAUGACAAAAGUGGCUUCAUGUCUUUGUCGUCUGUUACAAUAUUCCCCGCAAGCUCAAGUACAAUUCCAGAAAGUGAGUUCUUAUUUGAGUACGAUAGCCGUGGCAGAGUUUCCAGGAAGACUAUUGUCCUUGCGGCAGAGGGCACAUAUUCUACGGAGUUCCUGUAUGACUGGCAAAAUCAGGUCGUGAACACUCAGCUACCGGAUGGAUCUCAGAUAUCGCAAACAUGGCAGGGCUGUUCAAUGACAUCGACUGAAACCAUUGGGCCUUCGGCUACAAGUUGGAAUGUCCUGGCCGACAUGUCAAACUAUAGUCCCUUCGGAAGAGUUGGACUGUGUAACAUUUCUGGCAGUGGAUUUGCUCAUGAUUUUACUCACGCUUACACAUGGGACGCACAAGGAUUCCCCUUGACACAUACCAUGAGUGGCGCUGAUUCACUUGUUCAGAAUGACUACACUUACAACGAUAACGACCAACUCCAGUCCUCACAAGAAUUGAUAUCUGGCCAAGAAACCAUUUACAGUUACUCAGGGAAGCGAUUGGCAUCAUCAACAAUUGGGAAUGGGCCUGCAAAUGCUUAUAUCUACGACGAUAGUGGUAACAUGACAUCCAGAGGUGAUAUCACAAUGACCUAUAGUUCAUCAACUGUCUCAGGAUCACAGAGUGGCACAUCGGUGUUUCAGGUAGACUACGAUGCUGCGGGAAGGAUGGUAAGCCGCACGACUCCAGAUCGUACCCUAGCAUUCACAUAUGAUGGCUUUGGUCACAUGUCUACCAUCACCGAUGAGGGUACAAAAGAAGAGAUGCAGCUACUUAACGACUUCUCUGGGCAUACUCUCCAAAGGGUCGAAUCUGAUGGCAGCCAAGAGAUCUUCAUCAACAAAAACUACACGAUCAUCGUCAAGCCAAAUGGGCAACGUUAUGCUCGAUACGCCUUGUUCAACCAGCAAGAACUUCUUGCUUCUGCAACAGUGGAGCUACCGGUUGCAUCGCUGACAUCUUCUGUGACUCCAUCCGUCGAAGUUCAUUACUGCGACACGAAGUCAAGCGUAACACAUGGCUACAAUGUCACUGAUGGAACGUUGACCAGCCAAGUUCAAUACGGCGAUUACGGCUUAGCAGCUUCAACAAAUACAAGUGUUGCUAGUACAAGAAGUUCAGUUAACACAUAUGAGUCUAAGUCAUCUGGGUUCGGGCUCCUCGACUUUGCUGCUCGUUGGUAUGAUCCCCUGGUAGGACGCUUUGCUACUGCAGAUGAUCUUACAGAUGUGGCCCUGCUUAUCCGUUCGGAUGGUAUGAACAGACAUAGUUUUGAGAACAACGACCCUAUCAAUCACAUUGACCCAUCAGGCCACUGGAGUUGGGAUUCCUUUUGGGGAGGGGUUACUUCAGGAGUCAUGAUUGCGGCCGGCGUAGGCUUGGCGUUUGCAUCCUUUGGCGGCUCUGCAGUUUUAUCGAGUGCACUUAUUUCAGGCGGGAUUGCGGGUAUGCAAUACUCCAUCAGCCAUGCCAACGAACAGAACUCUGGUAAAUUCUGGGGACACUUUGGAGUCACCGUGGGUGUCAACAUGCUUGUUGGAGCUGCAACAGAAGGACUUGGCGCCGCAAUGCGAGUUUCCAAACUUGGCGAAUGGGCCUGCGAUGCUGCAAAGAGUAGUAAACUGGCGACUGCCUUGCGGGUGGGUGGGAAGGCUCUCUCUGGCGGCAUCUCAAGUGUCUCUAGUAGCGUUGGCGAUAAAGAGGCGGAUAACUUGGCGUUUCACGAGCAUAAGAAUAUUUGGGCUGGUGCCGGUGCUGACUUGGCAGAAGGUGCUGGUAUGGGACUUCUUGAAGGUGGAGGUAAAGAGCUCAAAGGACAUCUUCAAGCCAAGUAUGGAGACAGCGUCGCGGACUCUCUAAGGAGAAACCUGUGGGAUAGACGAGUUGGUGGUGGCUUUCUCAGCAAGCAUGGGAGUCAAGGGACGUGGCAAAAGGUGUUUAAAGGCAUUGAAAGUUUGCGGCCUCCAACUUCGGUGAAGCUUCCAUGUAGUCAUUCCGGAAUGCUUAUUUGGAGCGACAUAUCUUAG